UCAUUGUCCGACUCCUCGAUAGACUAUUUCUUCAUACGCUAUCCUCACUGCCUAGGUAACAUGCAGUAUUUAACAACUCAAAGGGCAUACGCUCACAAUCUUUCUUUCACGUCCACACACGCGUUGUCUCUCACACACAGGCAAACACGCAUUCGUUAUUAUCAAGCACUGGGUGGAGUCUGGGAAGCUCCACCUUUUUGUGAAUCUGAAUAUAAAGCCGGGGUGAAUGCAGAGCAGAAGAGACGGAGCGAAUUACUUGCGCCCUACGACUCUCCAUCACCUGAACAUCCUGGACACAAUGCAACUCCACCUCACCCUGACACUUGUCUGUCGAUAAAGAAGGUCAGGAAGAGAGUUCCAGCCUCCUUUGUGCUCCGAGCAAGCGAGAGGCUAUGUCUGAAGAGGAGGACCACGACAUUAAAGCUCAAGAUGAGCUUGCCAAAGUACUUACAGACUUAGGUCUUAAUACAACUUUUUGGAUUACAAAACUACGAGAUAUUUUGUGUAUCACCAAUGUACAAGCAUUGCAAUAUUGUGGCCCUGAGGAAUUUGAAAUCAUAGAACCACAUUGCCGGCAUUCAUGGGAGAAAAAGGCAUUGUGUAAGUUAAUGAAAAUGUCUGGCAAUGAAGUUAUUUUAAAACAAUCACAACAAUGUGAGCCAAUUGGAAAUAAACAGGAGCAAGAUACACCAACAAAGCAGCAUCCAGAACAAAUCCAUCAGAAAAUAUUAACUCGCAGUGAUAAUUCUAACAUAGAGACUGAGACAGAGCAGCGAAUGGAAUUGAAAGGAGCAAAAGAAAACCCAUUGCGUGAUGGCAACCAUUCCACUGAUAUGGCAAACACUUAUCUAAAGCAGUUAGAUUUAUCAGACAUUUCAACUUUACGUGGAACAAUAUCACAUAUAAGUCUUUUACAAUAUGCAUCUAAAGGACUUGUUUUGGAGGGGGUGUAUCGAACUGGUCAAAUAAACGAUAUGUUAAAGAAAAGAGGCAAACUCCUAAACAUCCCAAUGUCGUUUGAUCUUGCUGGGCCAGUACAUCAACCGAUGAUAAAGCAACAAGAGUUUUCAUCCUCUGAAGAGGAAAACAUAUUUGAGACAGCAGUGGAAAAAUUGGGAUUCAAUACCAUAACGACAGAAGAAGGUUUCUUACAGGCCUUGAAUGAAGAAAUCACCUCGCGGCAUAGCAAGGCAUUACACACUGAAAAAAAGCAACAAAAAAAUCCCACGGAUACCUGCAUUCAUAGCGUCAAAUACCUGUACUUACCACUUGCCUCAGGAAGUCUGAACUUUGAUCAACUCAAGCUGUCUGAUGAGGCAUUGGAGGAAUUACAAAGCAUUGAAAACACUUUAAAAAACGUCAAUGAGUCUUUUAAAACGCGCGUGCUAAGCAGCAGGUUUGGAAGUUUUUUUGAGAACUUUGGCUCUCAUGCCCAUACAGGCCCUGUCCACUUUGGUGGGAUAUUUAAGUGGAAAGCAUCAGCAGAGGGCAUCAGCUCAGAUGAGGAAAAGGAAGAAAGAAAUAUGCUAUCGGAGGCAGUGGAAAGGUAUUCCACUUCUGCCUACAACAGCAGUGGCUGUGGUGGUGGUGGUGAUAGCAUGAUGGCAUCCGAAUUUACAACGGAAUUUUCCGAAAAAUACAAUGCUACACCUCUUAGUAAGGUGACAAUUUCCGUAGGUACAAUAGGUGGAUCACCUGGCAUUUGUUCUUUUCAACAAUGGAAAACUGACAUUGUCUCGAACACCAAGACGUGGACUGUCAUUGAUCUAGGCACAUCAUUGGUUCCAGUGUGGGACAUUGUCACGUUUAACCACAAGGAUUACUUUAAAAAUACCUUGAUAGCUAGCAGGCUCAAGGAGGCAUACACACUUUUGACAAACCAAAAUCCAAAUUUUGGUCUUGAGGAUAAAUUGGUCUCUGCUAAUGCUAAAGCCAGGUCAGUGAUGCAAGAUAUUAAACAGUGGCAAGAAUCCGACAUGGAAUAUAAUUUAGAAAAGAUACUUGAUUUGAAACAGACGUUAUAUGAUGAAACGAAAAGCAAUUUAAUUUGGAUAAACACCUGUUUGUCUCACCCAGCCUUUCAAUCAUUUUUGUCAAAUCUUGUUACAGCACCUGCCAAAACGGUGAAAAUCAAAAAGCUUAUGCGCUCUAUUAUGGAGCCAAACAGUUGUGAAGUUAACAGCUUUCCACAAUUCGCCUCCAUUAUGCAGUGGCUGAAUGAGUAUGAAAGAGUCCCUAAUCAUUUAUCUGAAUUUAUAGAUCUUGUGAACAUCUUAACAAAAGCAGAAGAACAUUUAAAAGUUGACUUUUCACCAACUUAUUCAGAAAUACAUGAAAAAAACAAAGAAAUCACACAUUCAUUUAAUUCAUUAUGCCAAUCACUGAGAACAACAAAACUCAUCGAACAAGAGCUACUCAUCAUUUCAGUAGCUUCUGCUGUUGGCUACUGUGUAAAAGAAAAACGAUUUCAGCAUCCCCUGAAUUACGACAACAUUGAUCAUCUUCAACGUGCACUAGAGUCCGCUUACGGAGAGUACUCAAGACUGAUGGAACAAGACAAAUCCAGAGCUCAGGCAUACGUGUUACGGACAGGUUUGUCUAAUGCACGAACUCCUGCCGAAAAGCAAAAACAGUUCGAUUUCAUGAGAUCCCAGAUCGAAGCAACAAUGUGUGCUGAAGUUUCCCAUGUGAUUAAAUGCAGUGAAAUAAGGCCAACUGACUGGAAUAAACUUGAUAUGAUGCUGGAAUCCAUUAUCGUUGGAACUUUAAGGCAAGAAGAAUUACAAAAUAAACCAUCAAUUCAACCACGAAAAAAUAAUGAAGAGUUAUUGAAUCUGCUUGAAAGACUCGCACUGAUAAACUACUACCCUAAGAAAUUACACACAAGUGAUGUAUGUGUUGUCAACAGGUCUCCAAUUCAAACUAACCCUGAUCGAUGCACAGAACAAGAACUUGCUCUUUCUUAUCUGCAAAAACUGAUGAUGAUUGACUAUCGAGCAAGAUGUGUUAGUUUUCAGUGUAACAAUCUAAACAAAGGUAAAUUAAACAACUUAUCUCAGUCCACGUAUACACAUAAAAGCCCUAAUAGUGAUAACUUCUUUUCUGAUGAUAAGAAUGAUGAUGACAUAAUAAAUAACAGGGAUAGCCCUAGUACAAACACUGAAACCCACAUUCACCCUAUGGAUUUACAAAUGGCAAUAUUCCAUUGUGGAGACAAUUUUGUAAGGCAGUACAUUUUCACCAAACUUUCAUUCAUCCAGUUCGCACUUCCGCUAUUAGUUCCAAAUCCUUGUUGUUCAGAAAUAGAAUUCCCUAUCUGGUCAUUCAGACAGAUAAAAAAAAGCUGGAAAUACCGUGAUGCAUCUACCACAAAAUGGAAAUCUAAAAACUGUGCAAUCAGUGAUGCCAACACUGCACUCGUGUCCUUCGUAAGAUUUGGUGAAUCACCCACAUCAAAAUCUCAGAUAAUGAAUUCUCUGCUCGGCAAGCAAAAGCAUGAAGUUUUCUUUCAUAGGCACUGCCGAGGCAGCAGCAGGAAUGGUCAACUAAUGAAAGGAGUUGCAGAGAUCGCCUGGUAUCUUCCAGGUGGCAAGGACGAUGAUGUAUUUAAUGACUGCAUAGCAUUCACUAAUCUCCACGGAGAUGCAAGAGAACACAAAACACAGGUGCAAUUUUUACAUGAGAUAUCGUCUAUAAAUGUGAUAUUACUGUCAGAUGGUGAUCGCAAUGAAGAAGGUAAACGCAUCUUAGACGAAUGUUUGAGUUCCCCAAAGCCGCUAGUUUGCCUCUGUGCUGACAAUAAGAGAGUUUCCAGUGGAGUAUCUGGAACAAACGCGAAAAUUGCUGUCGGGAAUCGAAAUGAGGCUGAGUUAAUUGAUGAAUUGACGUCAAUAAUAAAAUUCUAUUUAGACAAUUCAAAAAGAAAUAUUAAUAUCGAAGCUUGCUCAGAUAUUGCAAGACAGUAUGGCUUCAUUGUUGAUGAAGAUGAUAAACAAUGUUUAGAGGGCAAGGAUAUGGCGAAAGUUUUGCUGAGUCUUAUAAGUAACAAGCCGCUGUGUUCCAUAAAGGAGACAUUUUUGCCUCUUCAAGGAAAAUUGUGGCAGUCGUGGUGCAAGAAAGACAAAGAAUUGACUCGCAUGAAGGUAAAGGGGGGCCUAAGUGUUGAGGAACACAAAAGUAAUAUUUCAAUGGAAAAAACACUCAUUAGGAAAGAACAGCUUGAAAAAGCAUUUCCUCUUAACGAUUUUAUGAGAUCAUUGAUCAUAAUUUUGACCAAGAAGUCAUGCACAGUAAAAACAUACUUUAUGCAUUGGCUACGCAUAUACUUAGAAAAUAUGUCUGCAGAUCGCUUAUCACAACUUAAUCUCACUUAUCAUCAGGUCUGGACAGCAAUAAUACAAUUGAAAAAACAAGGUUCUAACACGACUACCAUUGCUGCAAAACAAUCAGAGUUGGAUAAAAUAUCAGAAGAACUUGAUGCCUCUUCCUUUGGAAUUUAUCACGUUUUUAGGGAAGUUGGUCAGAUCUACGAAGCUUCACAGACAACGCCAUCAGUUGAAAAACUCCCAGCUACUUUGUCAAAGAUCGCAGCAGAAAUGAUGAUCUCUGGAUUUCCCCUUGAACUCAUGGAUGGUGAUGCUGCACAUGUCCCUCUCAUUUGGAUUAGCUCAAUCUUGGAUGGAAUCAUUAAUGAAAUUGGGAACGUGAGGCUGUUUGUAAUCUCAAUACUGGGAAUACAGAGCAGUGGAAAGUCCACGCUACUUAAUGCCAUGUUUGGUCUCCAGUUUCCUGUUGGUAGUGGGAGAUGCACCCAAGGAGCCUACAUGCAGUUAGUGAAGGUGGAGGCAGAGUUCAGUAAACAGCUGGGAUAUGACUUUGUGCUGAUAGUCGACACAGAAGGACUACGUUCUGUAGAGCUGUCAAAUGCAACACAUAGUCAUGACAAUGAGCUGGCAACGUUUGUGAUUGGGCUGGGAAACAUGACCGUGAUCAACAUUUUUGGAGAGAACCCUUCUGAAAUGCAAGACAUUCUACAAAUUGCUGUGCAGGCAUUUCUGAGAAUGAGGCAGGUCAAGUUAUCACCGAGCUGUGUGUUUGUCCAUCAAAACGUAGGGGAUGUGACUGCUCACAAUAAGAACAUGGAGGGAAGGAGACGCUUUCAGGAGAAACUUGAUGAGAUGACCCGCAUGGCUGCAGCCCAGGAGCAGUGCGCUGUUGAAUCAUUUGAUGCGGUUAUCAGGUUUGACGUGAACUCUCAGAUCCGUUACUUUGCUCAUCUUUGGGAGGGAGACCCUCCGAUGGCUCCGCCAAAUCCAAGCUACUGCCAAAAUAUUAAAGACCUUAAAGAAAUGUUACUUAGAAAUGCGAAAAAAGAAAAAACAGUCAACGUCUUGAAGAUAUCAGAAUUCAAAGCACGCAUUAAGGAUCUAUGGACGGCUUUGCUUGCAGAAAACUUCGUUUUCAGCUUUAAGAACACAUUAGAGAUUGCAGCUUAUACCAAACUGGAAGAAAUGUAUGGAAAAUGGACUUGGGAACUCAGGAGUGAUGUUCUUCAGCAGGAAAACAAACUCUAUAACAGCAUUGAUAACAAUACAGAUGCUAUGACACGAUCACAGAUUGAACUAAGAAUUUUGUCAAACUAUCAGGAUAUUAAAAAUAAAAUGGAAGAACAUUUCAAUAGCGCAGAUGAUGCGGAAAUGUUGGUUCAAUGGAAAGUUAAAUUUGAAAAAGGAUUUGAAACAGUGAAAGAAGAGCUAUUGUCUGAUGCUUACAAAAACUACACAGCCCUGAUGGCUCAAAAAGACAAAAAACGAAAUCUCGAUCUACAGAGAUCAAGUUACGAAGAUCAGCUUAUUAGAAAGAGCAAGGAUUUGGCUUCAAAAUUGAGAGACAAAAAUGUAAAUGACGGACAAUGGGACAGGCAUUUUGAUAAAAUCUGGCAGGAGUGGAUUAAAGUGAUAAAAGACAGUAUGACCAGCCCUGCAACACUUGAUGUAAAAACACAAAUUGAAAACCUUCUUUACGAAGUUAAUGAGAAUCAAAUUAAACACCUACAAACAGCGAUAUGUCACUAUCACAUAGGGACAGAAUUUUACGUUAAUCAAAACGAACACAUUAUGAUGGGCACGAAAUGGCUUGGAAGUCGGAGUCACCAUUUCAAAGAUGAGGAUAUGGAGUCAAUUAAAAAAUUAAUUACUGACAUAAAAUUCAAUGUCAAUAGAUGCAUUACCACCCAAGAGAAACAUAAAACGAAUUUCAAUUCAUCCUACAUAUAUGAAAUUUUAGAGGUAAUUAAUUCAGAAAUACAAGAAUUUUCACAAUCCAAUAAAAGAUUUAUGCUCACAGAUAAGUUCAAAAUUAAUUUAUCUGUCCACAUAUUGGCAGCGGUUACAGGGCGAUUUCAGAAAAUGCAUGAGAAUUUCCAGAGGGAAAAUGACCCAUUAGUAUACUUCGUCAGUAAAAAAGAAGAAUACUUCAACAGCUUCAAAAUUCGCUGCCAAGGCUCAACAUCCACAGCUAUUUUUGUGGAUUUUUUGUGUAACAAACUGAAAACAUCCAUUCAACAGGCAGUUUAUGAUAAAGUUUGUGUUGACAUUGCAGGCAGGAUGAAGUCCACAUUUCCGGCAUUCAACGGAAAUCGAUCAAAAUUAGAAAACUACAUUCUCAUAGAUUUAGCGAAGAAGAAAGAUUUUAAUGCAUUUGAUGAAUAUAUUCACCAUCCAAAACACCACUUUGAGAAAUACAUUACGGAACGUGUAAAAGAGUAUUGCAAGGAAAACGAUAAUGAAAUAAUUUAUGAGAUGUUAAAGUCAAGUCUUGGGGAUUCCACAGCUGCAAUUACUCGUGCAAUUAAUAAAGCAACUGAAAUGGUACAAGAAAACGAGUAUGAUGCAUCUUCAUGGCUGGAUGCAUUUUGCACACAGCUUGAUGACGUCAUCAAGCUCCCAAGACAAACUUUGGACAAAGGCGACUACAAAGAAAUAACGGAUAUUGAAUUUCUUAAAGAAGAAUUAACAAACGGACUAAAAACCGUGGUUCAAGGCUUAAAAGAUAAAUUUUCUUCAGCAUGCUUAAAUGAUUUACAAAACGUUCAGAACGAACCUCACGAAAUACUAUUUCGGCAGCUAUGUGGGUGCUGGGUGCAGUGCCCGUUCUGUAAAGCCAUCUGCACAAACACGAUGUCCAAUCAUGAAGGAGACCACAGUGUUCCCAUUCACCGCCCCAGGGCAGUACGUGGAGGACAUUGGCAUGAAACUGAUCACUUUGUCACCGACAUCUGCACUAGUUUAGUUGCCAGUAACUGCAGCAUAGUGUUUCCAGACAGAAAAAUACCAUGGAAGGAUUAUCGUACAGCCGGGCCAAAUUAUGCUUGUUGGAGCAUAACACCAGACUUAACCACACAGCCAUAUUGGAAAUGGUUUGUCUGCAAGUUCAAGUCAAACUUAGAAAAGCGCUAUAACCUAAAAUUUGCAGCGCUGGGAAAAAUUCCAUCAGAUUGGGAAUGUAUUAAAGAACAUGAUGUUAUUGAGGAUUUAGAGAAACUGUAGGUUAAUAAAACUACAAAUAAGCAUCCUAUGUCACAGAUGAACUUAUGAAUAUGUGGCUCUGUUUCAAAGUCUGAAAGAUUUUCAUUUUUAUGUUAUUAAUAAUAACGAACAAAAUUCAUCAUCAAACAGGAACAUCUCUAAAAUGGCAUGUCAUUUAACGGUCGUUACAUGCAUGCAUAUGGACAUACAUUUAACUUGAGACAUUGUGGAUGUUAUAGUAAACUGAUCAUCUGCCUUAGACGUGAAUAUUUUCGCGCAAAAUAAAUAUAUGCAUCUUUUUAAGUAAUCCAUAAAGAAAUAUCUACAAUCAUUUACAAUGUGUUUAUUCCUCUAUACCCUUGUUUUGUUUAAACGUGCAUUUUGUUUGUGAUGCACUUCAAAUGUAAAUCCAAAAUUAAGAAUAGAAAUGUCAAUGAAAAUGGUAAAUUACACAUCAGCUAACUGCGUGCUUAAUAUUAAAUUGUGUUUCUACUUUAACAUUUGUAAUUGAAAUCUAAAAUCAAUAUUGCAUGUUUUAAUAGUAAAUGUGUGCUUCUAGUUCCCACAAAUACUCACCAGCCUUGCACUUUCUUCUUCAUGUUGGUGUCGGACCCCUAUUUCAUGAUGCAGAACCUUCUCCCCUGGGUGCUCUCUUCUAGAGCUUUAAUCACCUGCCCAUCCCCUCUCAUGAAUGCCCAAGACAGGUAUUUUGCCUCUCACGAUCGUUCUUUUCAGACUUUUAUGUUCAUCCAAAAUUGCUUCAUCAUGAGCAUAAUACUAUAUUUCCAUGGGAUAGCAUAUGGCCAGUUGAAGUCAAAUCCAAAGCUGAAAAGGUUCCAAUAUUAUCAAGUAUUCCGUUCUCAGCAUGGAUAUCUGCCAAAUGUAACAUUUAAGUAAAUGUUGAAACAUCUUUACCAGUAACUUCUUCUUUGCUGCUUAUUUCCCUUUGCAGCAGCAAUUCUGUCUUGCUGAAUGCUAUUUUUUCCAUUAAAAUAAUGAUAUCACCAUUACGCACAAUUAACUCGUUUGCUCUCCAAUUAUACGUUCAGACCCAACAAUAACACAUGUGAGUAAAUACAACACAAUUUCAGCAAACCUCAGGGUACUGUAAUUCUAUAAUCGCAACAAAUGCUUCCAAUGACUGGAAAGGCACCAAAUGAGACACAAAAAUUAGCGGGGUUUACAAGGCUCUUAGAAUUUACAAAAUUAAACAACAUUGUACUGAUCAACACCAUUCACCCCCACAAAUAAUCAAGAAGAUCAACGUAGCACUCAUGUUGUGGUGCAUUUCACUACUGGACUGACGAUACACGAAUGUCAAACCAUUUUUGGUCAAAUAAAAAGAGUGGAUAUUUCUCUGGGGCAGACAUUGGAAGUGAUGACGGUGGCUUAAUCAUGAUGAUGGUCACAAUCAAACUCAGAAAGAAUUUCAGGGAAAAGAGCACGAGAGCGAGAUAUGACUUGGACAAACUCUACAGCCGACAGAUAAAGGUAGAAUAUUAAGCAAUUAUUUCAAUAAGGUUUGCGCCAUGACUAAUGUUAGUGCUACAUUAAGUUACGGUCAUGUAAUAUCACAAUAAAGAGCCAAAAUAUGUUAUUAACAAGGCUUGGGAGUUUAAACAGCAAUGAGUGACUAAGGGGGGCAUGUACCAAAGUGAUUAGUCAUGGAAUUUGAAAUCCAAGAGACCUGAUGGAGAAGACGAUACAAUGAUCAAUCAUCCACUAAACAAUCCUGUCAGAACUGAAAAACUAUUUUUUCUCGACAGAAACAGAAGAAAGCUCUUGAGACUGUUAGGAAACUCAUCAAAUGGAACCAGUCAAUACAAUCAGCAACAUAACUAUUUAGCAACUUAUUUGCAAACAGUAACACACACUUACACGCUCUAACCCAAAAACCUCUAUUUAUGGAUGAUAUUGGUCGCGAAAACCUCCGUGUUAAACUGAGUAACACAAACAGACAGCCAAUGACUCCCUCCAAUAUCAAUGUUGCUGAAAUGAUGUGCUUCCAAAAUGUCGUGUCGCUAAUGGGAUGUGAAAAAAUAUUUGUUUAAUGUUCAUGUUGAGGUAAAGAUAUUGGAGAGAUGUGCAUUGUGACCCUAUUGAUUUUGGAACUUUUAUUCGAAUAAUUAUGUCAUGAUACAAAGUAUCCAAGUCACAGUAAGGUUGGCAGCAUACUGUGAAAUAUCUGUCGAAGCCCAGAGGAACUUUUUAACCACAUUUUCUAGGGCACAGUCGAAGUUAAGAGAGGGUGGCCAAUGAUCAACAUCGUGCCUUAGACGUAAAUAUCAAAGGCAUACAUGUAGAUCACAAGAGACUGAUAAAGGUGGAAUCGGUUGAUACAUCACUGGCCACACCUACGACAUUACAAGUUAAGUAAACAAAACUCACAUUCGUAAUCUUCAACUCUUAUCCACUCUAUAUCUAUGGCCUCUGUUUAUGUGCUAUGAAAAAGGGCCAUUGUCACGAAUAAUCUGUUAUAUAUAUAAAUGAGUAUUUAUAGCAGUGCUAUUGCUUUUUUUAAGCCAAACGUCCAGUAACUUAUGAUAAUGACGAUACCAACAUUUUCAUACGUGGACAUAUAAUCAUACAGGUUGGUAAAUGUGAAGAAAUAGUAACAGUUUUGCAUACAAUUAAUAACAUUUCUAGGUUUGAUGCAUCGAAGUCAAUAGGCUGUAUGACUUGAGCAUUAUAAUGUUUUAGGUGAUUUUCAGAUAAGCAUAGGAGCAAAUAUUGUCCACGCUGCCUACUCAUCUCCCUCUCUUCCAGAUCCAUUGUCAGUUAUUGCAAAGUCUACAUUAUUUUUAACACCACAAUUUGCAUAGCAUGAAGAUGGAAAAAACUGCAUAUUAAGUGUAACACGAUCAAUAUCAAUGGACGAAAGCAAACAACUUUAAAAUGUAAAUGAGUGGAAGCUGGAUCAAGAAAACGACAAAUGCAGAGUUCUAUUAAAUAUCAACGAAUAGGCUGAGAUCAAUAAGUAGAACAACAGAUUCAUCCUCUGGGCAUUGUUGGCAAUACAGGCGGCAGGAAGACGUCACUUUGAAGGGACAUGGAAGGCGAUGAACAAGACGACAGAGAUGGAUUCAUAAAAGCAACUAAUAAAAGUGGCAUCAUUGCUGACAAAUGCUUCAGAAGGGUGGACGAGUGGAAAGAUCAAGUUCUACAACUGCCAACCGCUUCCAAAGACAACAUAAAUUGUUGACUUUUGAUAUAAUUAUUUUACACGAAGCUUCAUAUUUUACUUCAUUAACAACUUUAAGUUAAUUACAUCUAUUGUCAAUUUGGUCAUUGUAGAUAAGGUGCGUGAGCAAUUGGGAGGUGUUCUGGAAUUUGAGUUAUUUUCGAUCGCAUGCAACUUUAUAUAUACAUAGAGUAAGAUGAUACUAUCUGAAUACAAUACAGGAAUAUAUAUGUACAUCUUGUCAUAUUUACGAAGUGGAGUGUUGGCAUAGUGCUUUGCUAUCUGCCAUAUGAUAUUUGCCAUCUGUGCAUCUUAUAUUUUGUGGCAAUAAGAAUCUGAUUUCAAUAAUAUGGUUGGUAUUGCAACAACCAAUGAAC